AUGCGCCUUUUGCGCGCGGUCUGGGUGCUGGCGCGCGAGGGCGUGAUCGCCGCCCUGCCGCGACAGGGCCUUUCGGGGCCGGCACUCACCGGGCACAAGAUCGCCACCCGGCUGGCGCGCAAACGCUCGGAGGGUCUCGACAGCGCCCAGCGCAUGACCAAGGCCAUCGCCCGGCUCGGCCCGUCCUAUGCCAAGCUCGGCCAGUUCCUCGCCACCCGGCCCGACAUUAUCGGUCUGCAGAUGGCCGUCGAUCUGGCCACGCUGCAGGACAAUAUGGAGAGCUUUCCGAGCGCCCAGGCCCAUGCCCGCAUCGAGGAAUCGCUGGGCCUCCCCGUGGACGAUCUCUAUGCGCGCCUCGACGAGCCGAUCGCCGCCGCGUCGAUCGCCCAGGUCCAUCCCGGCAUCACCCGCGCCGCCGACGGCAGCGAGCGCAGGGUUGCCGUCAAGGUGAUCCGACCGGGCGUGCGCAGCCGUUUCGACCGCGAUCUGGAGGCCUUCUUCCUGUUUGCCCGCAUGCAGGAGCGCUAUAUCCCCUCGACCCGCCGGCUGCGCCCCGUCGCCAUCGCCGAGACGCUCGCCCAGUCGACGCGCAUCGAGAUGGAUUUGCGCCUCGAAGGCGCGGCCCUGUCCGAACUGGCCGAGAACACGAAGGACGAUCCAGGCUUCCGCGUGCCCAAGGUCGACUGGCAGCGCACCGGCAGGGACGUGCUGACAAUGGAGUGGAUCGACGGCAUAAAGAUGAGCGACGUCGAUGCGCUCAAGGCCGCCGGACACGAUCUGCCGCGCCUUGCCGUCAACGUCAUCCAGUCUUUCCUGCGCCAUGCAGUGCGCGACGGCUUCUUUCACGCCGACAUGCAUCCGGGCAAUCUGUUCGUCGACACCAAUGGCGACAUCGUUGCCGUCGAUCUGGGCAUUGCCGGCCGCAUCGGCAUCAAGGAGCGGCGCUUCCUAGCCGAGAUCCUCUACGGUUUCAUCCGGCGCGAUUACCGCCGCGUCGCCGAAGUGCAUUUCGAGGCCGGCUAUGUGCCGCCGCACCACGACAUCGAGGCCUUCGCCCAGGCCCUGCGCGCGGUGGGCGAGCCGAUCCGCGACCAGUCGGCGGACACCAUCUCCAUGGGCAACCUUUUGACGCUGCUGUUCGAUGUCACCGACAUUUUCGACAUGCAGACCCGGCCCGAACUUCUGUUACUGCAAAAGACAAUGGUCGUCGUCGAGGGCAAUGCGCGGGUGCUCGACCCGCAUUUCGACAUGUGGGCGGCAGCCGAACCGAUCGUGUCCGACUGGGUCAGGCGCAAUCUCGGCCCCGCCGCGCUCGUCAACGAUGCCCGCGACGGCGUGCAUUCGGCUAUCCGAAUCGCGCGGCAACUGCCCGAACUGGCCGAUCGUACCGAGCGGCUGACCCGCGACAUCGGCGCCAUGGCCGAGCACGGACUGAAGCUGGCGCCGGAAACGGUGGCCCGGAUCGGCAAGGCCGAGGCACGCGAAAGCCGCUGGGGCAGGGUCGCCCUGUGGGUGAUCGCGCUGGCUGCCAUCUGGAUCGCCAUCGCCGUCAGCUGA